AUGGAGGCGCCUGAUAUUUCAUGCAAAGGGUUAAAAACGUUGGAUGAAACGAUAACAUGCGCAGAAGCUGCUUCGAAGACAUCUCUUAACAAAGCCAGAUGGAAGGCCGAUCAGGUAAGCGUUUCUUAGACAAUUGAAAGCUGUUCCUUGAAACUGCGUUGCACUUAUUCAUUGUUUAAACAGAAUAAUCGAAAUCUUCCUGUUGAAUGGUUUUUUUCGUUCGGUGAAAUAUCUCUUUUAGCUAGGAAAUUGUUAUAUUUUAUGUUCAACCUUUGAAUAAAAUAGGGCCCACUAAAUAUUAUGCCUAGAAACACGGAGUUAUGAUACCAUAGUAAAAUGUAUUCAGUGAGUGUGACUGACAUUUCCUUUGGUAAAUUUCCCAUGUAAAUAUACCUGGAUCAGACAAAGCGCCUACGACAUUUAACGUGGUGAGCUUUAAUGUUGCUUUGAUGCCUUGGAAUCAGAGCCAAUCAAUGUGCUCCGUUUGACAUCAAAACUUGACAGAAAAGGGAAAGUAGUAUGCCUUUUGAAAUUCCAUGCUGGCUAGGUGCUUUGCCAAAACAAACAACUUUGACGCCGUAAAUGUGUUAGAAAAUAGCUUUGGAGACCCGAGAAAUUUACUGCCACCAGUUAUCCAACGAUUCUACGUUUAAAUUGCUUUUUCAUACCCGAUCUGUACUCGAAGAAAGUUUCAUAUCCUUUAAUGAAGUUGUGCAGCAAUUGCUACUCUGAAUCUCUUUUAUAUCAAGUUUCCCGACAAAAGUAAAGCGUUAAGUUUAACUUAUCAGAUUGCACGACUAAACUUGAGCGGUUAAGAUUCCUAGCUAUAUACCUAGACUACCAUAUGAUUGUUUAAGAGAAAGUCUAAAUACAUAGCAAAGCACUCAAUGUAUGGUCCCUCGGGAAACUAGUUGGGUUUGUUUCCGUGGAGUUCUGAUGUUUCCCUCGUCUUCGUCUCUUGGGAAAACAAAACUAACUAGGUUCCUGAGCUAUUUCCAGGGAAAUACGUGACAAGUUUUCACGUAGCAUAUCACAAAUCGCAGCAAAUUAAAACCAGCUGCAGGAUGGCAAUCUGUAGGAAAGUGUAGUUUUCCGUGGUAUCUGAAAUCGCCCUUGUUGUUAAAUGUUUUCGAUAGAAUCGACUAGAACUUGCAGAGAGUGUGAUUCUCCAUGUGUGAUUCAUGUCUAACUAAUUUGUGACUAAGGGUCAACAGGCUUAUUCGCUACAGGUGAUAAAUAAAGAAUACUACAUUCUGAGACAUGGGCACUCGUAGAUAUGGAUUUUCCCUUCGAGUGUUCAACUAGAUAACUCACGAGUUAGCGCAGCGAAUUAGUGACAUCAACUAGAUUACGAUUACUUAUUACUAACUACCUAGAAGAGCCGACAUUAUUUUAAAUGAAUGAGACAAACUAGGAUUUAAAAUCCGCGACGUAAAGUGCGACGUAAGGUGCGUAGGCGAUAAGGCUUAAGGUCCAAAUACUUUGGUUUUUCUUAACGUAGUUUGGUUUUCUUCCGCUUCUAGGAAAUUUGGAUCGUCACUGUAAGUGAGCGAUACGAGUUUUUUAAGCGUUUUUAGCAACCAUAAUCCGACCAAAAUUUCUACAAACGAUCUUGCAUUGAGAACGAUGAACGCCUUGCCAUUCAUUUAUCAACCCGACAGAGUGGCGUGAAAGUCGAGUGACGUGUCGGAAGCUCAUUGGCUAUAUCAAACACAUUAAAAUGGUUAUGUUAAACUCGUGCAGUCACGAUUUUUCUUAGAGAUGAAAUUCCUUGUGUGAAUAGAUUUAAGAGUUGUGCUUCGUAAAUAUCGUCCGGACGCACAAGUGACAGUUUCAAAAUCAGCAAAAUCCUCAAACUUGGCCAGAGCAUUGGCCUUAUUAACCUAUUUCCAAGAAUAAAUCUUUUCAGUUUGACAUUUUGAUCAGAACUUUGUUUUACAUGAACAGGAACAGUCGGCCAGGUAGGAGUGGGGAGGGAAAUACUGCAGGCAUUGUCAAAUGAUGUUCAGAAUCAAUUCUUAUGUGCUUUUCUAGGCUCUUUCUAUUCUAUCUGAGGCAAAAAUUGAAGAUGAACGCAAAAGAAACCUACUGCUGGAUGAAUUUUCCAAAGCUGAAGAUUUUUUGAGGCAACUGAAUGAGAAACGCUCACUGCCUUUGCUGCAAUUGAAUAUAACCACAAUUUUAGAGGAGAUGACGCAACAUAUCAGCCAACUCAGUCAGAAGGAAUACUAUAUUCUUGUUGCAGGUGAGUAAUAUUGGAGAAUUCAACCAAAACAACCGCCUUAGAUUUAUUUGCCUGGCCUCUAGGGCCUAAUUGCUCAAAGGCCGAUUAGCGCAAAACCAAGGUUAAAUUUUAAUCCAGGUUUCUAUAUUUCUCUGUUCAAAAGCCGUUUUGGAAUAAUUUUACCCAUUGUUUUUAGCGCAUUCAAUUAUCAAAUUGUAGUCAAAAAGAAAUAAACUGAAUUUGCUCUUCAAGCUUUCAGAUCUGAAAUCAAAUUUCACACUAACCCUAGGUUAUCUUAAUCCAGCUUUGAACAACGCGGCCCAGGCUUGUGAAAUUCCGCGACUGACAGAGGAUUGGCUAAUUUAGUAUUAUCAACUGAGUUGCUAACGUAAAUUGGCCUCCUUAAAGAGUUUAAAAGCUGACGUUUUGAGCGUUAGCCCUUCGUCUAUCGCUCUGACGGAGGGCAAACGCUCGAAACGUCGGAUUUUAAACUCUUUACGGAGGCCAAUUUACGAUAUUAACUCAGUUGCUAUGGUAAUUAUGAAGAUGCUAGAGGUUGCGGCUUACUCAAAUUCUCAGCAACUACAAGGGUGGCGCGGUGCAAGGUGACAAUAAUGCAAACUUCACUUGGUAGAUCUAAACAGAUUUAAUGACAGAUCAAAUUUCAAAGGUUUAGAUCAAUCGGUUGCGUUUGACAUGAAGGGUCAUGAAGAUAGCGUAGAUCAAAGAUCAUUGGCCUCAGUAGCGUUAGCGGUAGAAAGAAUAGUAGUAGCUGUAGGUGCAGAUCAAGUUGUAGGUUCGGACUGAAAUACGAUAAUUAAAAAUAGAAUCUAACUUAGGUAAGGCUGAAAAGAAACGCUAGACAAUCAAGAGACUUUGAACAACAAUAAACUAGCGAACUCUUAGCGUGAAAUGAAUAGACGUGAUAAUUCUCGUGUCAUAUAAAUUAUUAUCAAACGAAGGUACAAACAACAGUAUAGUACUGAAAAAAGAGUAGCUAAAUGAGCAUAAAAGAAUAACAUUUUAAAAAGAAAAAAAGAAAAUUUGUUAAUAAGAUAGUUUCACUAUAAUACUGUGAUAAUAACACUUAGUUGACUAAACGAAACAUUCUAUGACCGAGAAAAGGCUAAUGAUUCCGUGACUUAAUUAACAACAAAGAAAAGACUUACCUACUUUGGUUGACGACGCACGUCCACAAAAAAUAGCAAAUACACUAGAGAUAGCGGUAGCUUGGAUCAGAUUAGAUUAUAGGCUAUGGUACGUGAAGAAGGCUAAGGCGUUGCAAAUAAUUUAGCCGUCAAAAUAAGAAAUAUUUCCUGGGCAGCAAAGAUUCCAAAGUUAUGAUACAAUUCCAGGAAAUCUCGAUUUCUACGGACGCAUUCAUGUUAGAUCACGUACUUGACUACAUAAUAACUAAAUAUAAAUCAAAAGGAAGUUUACAGGAAAUUAUUAAAAACAAGCGGCGUUUUAAAACAAACAAAUAAUGCUAAAUUACCCUGCUAUACUCUUUACCGGCGCAGCACCACAGUUUCUUUAGAAACUUUCUCCCUUUGACAGAGGAUUGGCCCAUUUCAGAGAGGUUUAUAGUAUUGCUUCAUCUUGGUUAGUAGGAAACUAGUAUACCACGCUUGGCGGAGGGCACCAAGGAUACUAGGCCUGUCAUGUUUCUCUCUUUUUUAAUGUAAAGACUUUAACAGGACAUGGCUACAGUCAGCCAGAAUCAGUCCAAGAUUGGUCAAAGAGAAGGGAAAAGAGAAAAAUAUAGUUGCUGCAAGUAGAAAAGUUCCACCAAAAGCCAAUAUUCCUAUCUCAAUUUUCUUUGACCACUUUCCGACUGACUCCUAUCUGUGACUCUGAUUCUCUAACACUGAUCUACUAACUGCUAUUUCUAUACUACGUUCUCUUAUAUUAACUAUCGGUACUAGUGAGUGGAAAUGCCAGCCAACUGACCUUGAAAGAUUUGAAAGCAUUUGUUGUUAGAACAAAAUCUUAACACUUUCACGAGAAUCUGACGAAUCAACAAUAACGUACUUCAUGCUUACGGUCACACAAGUAGUUUUAGAAACUACAGCUGCAUCAUAGAGAAUGGUUUUUAUCUUGCUGUUUUAGGCGAGGCAAGUGCUGGAAAAAGCAGCCUGAUAAAUCUCAUUCUGGGAGAGAGGCUUCUUCCAUCUUCCUCACUGAGCACAACUUCCACGUUGUGUGAAUUGAAGUACGGCGAGGAAAGAAAAAUUGUGGCGCACUUCAAAGACACAGAUUCGAAAACAGGAUUAACAUCGACCAUGUUUCUUGAGAGUCCAACAGAAUCUUCAGGGAAAAGCUAUCUCCAGCAGAUCUCACCUUUUGUCCAGGUGAAAGGUGCAGAUCGUGGGAAAGGUUCAAUUUACAAAAGGGUUGAAAUCUUCUGGCCUCAUCAAUUGUUGAAGGUAAGUAUUCAGUAAACGGUUAAAUGUCUUUCGUAGAUCAAAACAUUGUCUGAGAAAAUCAGUUGAGCUAGCUACUAAUGCUGCUUCACAAUUCUUUCCUGUUUAAAGUAUGCCAUAAGUUGAUAUGGAAAGUUGAACCACAUUGACUGAACUAGAAUGAAAAUAACAUGGUUCCAUGUCCAAUCUUACUGUAAAUAUUAAUUACUUUGAGCGAACAAAAACUCGGGUUAAUGUCCUAUAGCAGCUGAAAGUUUACCAUCGUGAGCACCUAGACUAUGCCAAAAAAGAGUAAGUCGAACAAUCUAGAUGAUUAUUGACUGUGGAUGAAUAUUUGGCGCUAAUUUCUGUGUUUUAGAAAGGUGUCACUAUCAUUGAUAGUCCUGGGGUUGGAGAAUCGGAAGUCAUGGAUGAAGUAGUGACAGAGUAUCUUCCUCAAGCCUUUGGAUUUAUUUAUGUCAUUAACAGCGCAAACGCUGGAGGGGUUCAGAAAGACAGGGUAAGUAGCUAGUGCAAUGUGGAUAGCAGUCAAAUUAAAAUUUUAGAAAAAACAAUAUAUAGUAUUGCAAAAGACAUAUCAAAGUGAUGAAUAACCUUUUACACUUGACUAUUUUUAUGUGCUUUGUAGCCAUGUUGUGUUAAUUGGCAACCUUUUGCUUAAUACAAAGCUUGUAUAUUUGCUGAGCGAACUGGGCAAGAUAGCGCGUGAGAGACAAGAAGAGUUUCCCUCCAAAUGUGCUUUGUUUGUUUGCAACAAAUGGGACCAAAUUCCAGAGGACGAAGCCGACGUUGUUAAGGCACACAUAGAGAUCAAGCUAACAGAGUGGUGGCCUGAUCUUAUUCCUGAAUCCCAGAUCACCUACAUGUCAGUAAAAAACGCUCUAUAUGCUCAGAGCCGCGGGGAGAUUAAAGCCGACCUCAUUACCCUGAUGAAUGGAAUCCGCAUUUUUGUUCUGAAAUGCAUCGAGCAAAGGUUGGGAAUUCACUGGAGGUGAGUGCAUGCCUUCUUUUAAUAAUGGAAUUGGGUGUUAUAGUUUUAUUGUGGUUAUAACUGUUAAACAAAUUCAAAUAAUAAAAUAGGAGAAAGACGCUUUAGAUAAGUAACAUAGGAAAAACUUUGAAUCAAUUUUUUACAUCAUUGUUAUUCAAACUCUGACAUUUAUGGGCAAACUCUUUUCGCGGUGGGAGUCUUACAUCGUAUAUGUUAAGUAACUUAGAAGGAUUAAAUGAGCCAGGUCAUUUACAACGAGAAAUGAUGUUUAGGUUGGCUAUGUAAAGAUUUGUUUAUUACUGUUUUGUAUGUACUUAGUUCGUACGUAAAAUUACGAGUUAUAACAAUACAAUUAGAAUUUCAAUGUUCCUUUCAUUUCCUUAUUUCCCUACAGAUGGCUUGAUUUUGUAUUUUACCAACUAAUUUUUCAAACAAAGAUGAUUACGAGAGAUCGUGAAGAAGUCAAGAACAACAAGACUACAUACGAUCGUCUGGAAGGGCUUGAGAGACAACAAACCCAACUUAUUGAUAGGACUCGCACAGACAUGAAAGUCCGUGCAAACGAGGUCGAAACAAAGCUCUGCGAAUUUCUCAAUUCAGAGGAUUUGCGAGCACAAUUCACCCAUCAACUUUCCGGACCUGCUCCAUCCGUAAGUGAGCUAGACGAAGAACUGCAAGUAAUUUUGCAACAGUGGGAAGAUAAAAAUCACGUAUUUGCAAAUGCUUUUAGCUUGCCUCUUCAACGAUUUUUGGAGCAACACAAUUUAGCAAAAAUGCAAAUCCUGAAUCUUCAACGUGACAUCUCGGAAGGCGAAGUCUCAAUGGCCACACCAAUUUACCCACACUGUAAGUUUAGCGCUUCCGUGGUCUUCAUUUUUGAUCUCUUUUCUGAGAGGCUUGGAAUAUUCAGGGGUAUCUCCGGAUCUUUGGCUGGACCCGAUGCCACUAUGCCUAUGAUGAAGAAUUUUACUCCUUCUUUUAGGAUGAAAGAGAGCUUUCUUCAGUGUGUUAUAAAUGGAGAUGCAGCUAAGUCUAUGGUAAAUAAAAUGCUCAAAAAGCACCUGAAAUAUUUGGAACAAAUUGGAAAUCAGGUUCGACAGAUGAUUCAGGCCGACAAAAAGUUAUGUGAAGAACUCCGUGACAACAAGCAAUCACACCAAAAGAUUAGAGAAUUGUACGAGCCAAUUAAGAACAAUGCUAUUGCUAUUAGAGGACACCUUGCAGAAUUUGGGCUGAGAGAGGCCUGUGUCCACUGCAAUGAAGAGUUGCAGUGGAAGGAUGAUCCAUCUUCCAUUCUUGGGCGUGGUACGUUUGCCUAUGUGUACAAAGGAAAGAUGAGAAGACAUGGAUGCGAGCAAAAAGUAGCUGUAAAGGUUUGCAUCAAACCUUUAGACGCCGAGAAUGCAAUUCUCUUAGUUAAAGAGAUGACCCUUUUGAGGUGAGAUAAAAUUCCUCCAUUUCAAUCUCAAUGUUCUAAUUUUCCCCCAAACUACAAUGCCGCGUAUUUGGAGUAGGGCUUGAGGAAAAAUUGAGCAUCAACCGUGUGGCUCUUUUUUAAUCCUAUAAUUGCAACAAUUGAUUGGAAUCUUACGUGGCAAGCACUUCAUGAUUUUGGAGACUUCCAAUUUAUUUGUAGAGAAAGAAAGUUUGUAUUAAAGGAAUUUAGAUAAGUGCUGUAACGUUAAGCCAUAUAGGGAACUUUUAUGCCUACUUUUGAAAAGAACCCUUGUUUAGUAGAUUACCUCUGGAGGUCUACUCUUUACUCUGGGUGUGUUAUAAGCACUCUUGUUCAUAAAUAAACUUUUUGCGACCUUGACUUGCUGUUUUUCGUCAAUACCAUUUUUUAGCAGAAUUGGCAGUAAUGUCGCAAUCUGAUAGGCAAGUUUGCUAUUGUCGAUAGGAGUGCAGAACAAGCGAAACUGCUGUCUAUUUGUUAACUCUGUCUUAAUGUACAUACUCUGCUACAUGUUGUUUCAAUAUGAUGAUGAUUGAUGUGAAAGAUGAAUGAUGAAUGAGCAUGCAUGAUAUUUCAACAUGAUGCCAACAAAGCAUCUUUCGCCCUCCACCAUGUUCAUAAGUGACAAUUUCCUUUGACAGAAAAUUAGAUCACCCUCAUAUUGUCAAGUUUUUUGGGACAGCACUCUUGAAAAAAGAGGAUGAGGUAAGGGUGAUCUUUGUGAUGGAAAGGUGCACAGAAAGCCUCAAAGAUUACAUCUUCAAGCACCGAGAAUCCGUCCCGGGUAUAUCUGGAAAAACAGCAGACCUUAGAGUUUGUCGUUGGGCGAAAGAAAUCACCGCUGGUCUUCACUUUAUGCACGAAGUAGGCAUUAUUCACAGAGACCUCAAGCUAGAAAACAUCUUGGUACGUACUUACAACGAUCUUGAUAUUUUGACAGCAUCUUGCCAGUCCUUGUAAGUCAAUAGAGUUGAUUAUUCAAGUAUCACACUGCCUUCAGAUUCUACAACUGUAUUUUCUGCUUUUUUUAUUAGUGUUUUAAUUUCAAUCGUGGGCAUCCAAACUUCUAAGAUUUCUGCACACAUCUCUAAACCAAUUGAAUCACAGCGGAAAAUCUUCGCUCUUGGGUGACACUGAACCCGUUACCCGCAUAAUACUACCAGUAUGUAUUCAAGAUACCGUGAUCCACAUCGUAAGUCAGCGGAAAACGACCAUUCCCUGUUAUUAUUAUUAUCAUUAAAAAGGAGACUAAAACAGACACGCAUGAUAGCAAUAUGGUAACAGAAAGGAGAAGAUGAAAAAUAUUUGAGAAUGGUAGUGACUGAAGCGUUAAGAAAUGUGAUUGUCAAACAGUUUGUAAGCGAGGUACAAGCCAUUUUUUCAGUACGUUAAGUUUUCGUCUUCGUAAAAUCAAGAACAGAAACUUCUCUCUAUUACGAAUGCGGGAAAACAUCUAAAGACUACCAAUCCAAUAAUAAAUAUACUUCUCUUUAUUUUUAUUUAAGCUGUCGGAGGAUGAUUCCGUGAGAAUAAGUGAUGUCGGCGUUUCUAAAGAAGCAAGUGAAAUCACCGGUACUGUUACGGGAUCUUUUUUGUACAUGGCUCCUGAAGUGUUCCAUUCCAACCUUUAUGACUUCAAAGCAGACAUCUACAGUUUUGGAAUAAUGCUUUGGGAGAUGUGGUUUGGACAACGAGCAUUUGCCGAAGUUAAUGCGCUAAAUAGCCAACAUUUCUUUAGCUUGGUUGAUCAUGGGCGUCGUCCAAAAGAUAUUAUGGAAUUGAAGAAGCCUCCACGCCGCUGGAAAGAACUUAUGGAGAGAUGCUGGGAUGGAGACCCAGAUAAACGUCCCACAGCCGAGAGUUGUGAGCGAGAAAUAACUGAACUCUGCAAUGAAUGGCCUGGUCAUUAGGAAGAACCAUAUUCCAAAUUAUACAUGAGGGCUACCGUCAAAAUGCGGGACUUUACGUUUAGAAAUAUGCUGGAAGGAGUGCCCAACCAUAGACGAGUCGCGCGAAUAUUCGAUAGCAGCCAAAUACUUAAAGUUUAUUGGCUAUCCAAAAAGGAAAGAAAAUGUUUACCAAAACAAGAAUAAUUAGACACUCAUCGUGUACUCGUUCAAUCAAAAUUUUAAGUGUUUUGAUCUAGUACCUUGUUCAUUUAAUGUUUUGAGUUUCUUUACAUGGCCACAAGAUUAUUACGGAACAUUAUAUCAGUCUACAUUGAGCCCUUUUCAACUUUAUUUUACAUGGACUUAGUAGAAGUUUUAUAGAGCAAAGUUUAUAGGCUUUAUAA